CGAUUCCGGUGGUGGCGAUUUUUUUUUUUUUUUUUUCCUCGCGGGAGGUCUCGUCGGCGCGGCAGGAGGCGGUUCAGCGAGUCAAGAUGCUGCGGGGUCUGCCGGCUCUUCGUCAGGUUGCCCAGAGGACCAUCAGCACUGCUUCUCGCAGGCAUUUUGAAAAUAAAGUUCCAGAGAAACAAAAGCUGUUUCAGGAGGACAAUGGGAUUCCAGUGCACCUAAAGGGUGGGGUGGCUGAUGCCCUCCUGUAUAGAGCCACCAUGUUUCUUACAGUUGGGGGAACAGCGUAUGCCAUCUAUCAGCUGGCUAUGGCUUCGUUUCCCAAGAAGCAGGACUGACUUUAUGCACCAGCAGUGGCUUGGAUCGGUUUUGUUCAGCUCUCUAUGGACCAGUAACCUGACAAGGAGCUCUUCUUUGGGGAUCAAUAUUUAUUGACUUGUACUAACUGCCACCAAUAAAGCAGUCUUUACCAUG